GGCAAGGAAGUGGCUACCGAUGUGAGGCUGCUCCCCCAGGGAACGGUCAUCUUUGAGGACAUCAGCAUCGAGCAAUUUGAAGGCACCGUGGUCAACGUUAUUCCCAAAGUUCCCACAAAAAACCAGAACGACCCUCUGCCCGGUCGGAUCAGUGCGAAGAUCGGUUUCACGGAUAAGGAGCUGCCUUUCGGAGAGAAGGACACGAAAUCUAAAGUGACUCUGUUGGAGGGAGACCACAUCCAAUACAACAUCUCCACAGAUCGCAGAGAUAAACUGGAGAGGGCCACCAACAUCGAGAUCCUCCCGGACACUUUCAACUUCACCAAGGAGACCCGUGAAAUGGGCGUGAUUGCGGCUAUACGCGACGGCUUUGGGUUCAUAAAGUGCGUGGACCGGGACGCACGGAUGUUCUUCCACUUCAGCGAGGUCCUGGAGGAGAGUCAGCUUCAUAUCUCAGAUGAAGUGGAGUUCACUGUUGUGCCUGACAUGCUGUCGGCUCAGAGAAACCACGCCGUGCGCAUCAAGAAACUCCCUAAAGGAACCGUGUCCUUCCACACCCAGUCCGAGCAGCGCUUCGUCGGCGUGGUGGAGAAGGAGCUCGUCGGAGCCUCAAACAAGAAUGCGAGUCCGAUGAAGGGCAAGGAGAAGGAAACUGAGGAAGGAGUGCUUGCAUAUGAAGACUGUGGAGAGAAGCUCACUAUACCUUAUCAUGCCAAGGAUCUGGAAGGAGGAUCGUACCCUCAGGUUGGAGACAAGGUGGAGUUCUCAAUUAAUGAAGUGAAGCGAACUGGCCAGCAGAGCGCAGUGGGCAUCAGGAUCCUCAACCGCACCCCAAACUCCAACUCUAAGAGGGUGCACGGGUUUGUCGCUGCCCUCAAAGACAACUUUGGCUUCAUCGAAACGGCAAAUCAUGACCAAGAAGUCUUCUUUCAUUACAGUGAAAUGUGUGGAGACGUGGAUAACUUGGACCUGGGYGACACGGUGGAGUACACUCUUUCUAAAGGAAAAGGAAACAAAGUCAGUGCAGAAAAGGUUACCAAGAUGGCSGCGGAUAYGAGAGUGAACGGUGCUGGUGAGGAUGUUGGUACAACAGUGAUGGCAGGGAAAGUCAUUCGUCCCAUACGCAGCGUGGACCCCUCACAGACAGAAUACCAAGGGCUUAUUGAAGUCAUCGAGGAAGGUGGAGCAAAAGGGCCCACUUAUCCCUUUGGAAUCAUGGGGAUGACCAACAAGGCAGAUUGUCUUCAGAAAGGAGAGCAUGUAAAGUUCCAGGUUUGCACCGUCACCCAAACUGCUCAGAAGAUGGCCUGCAACGUCAUCCCUCAGCGCAGAGCCCCGGUGGAGUGCGUUAAAGAUCAGUUUGGUUUCAUUACAUACGAAGUGGGUGAGAGCAAAAAGCUGUUCUUCCACGUAAAAGAAGUGCAGGAUGGCAUAGAGCUCCAGACGGGAGACGAAGUGGAGUUCUCCGUCGUCUUUAAUCAACGCACGGGAAAAUGUAGUGCUUGUAACGUGCGCAGAGUCAGCGAGGGUCCUAAACCAGUGGCAACACCGCGUCCUGACCGCCUGGUGAACCGACUGAAGAGCAUCACUCUGGACGACUCCAGUGCUCCUCGCCUGGUCAUCGUCAGACAGCCCCGUGGUCCCGACAACUCAAAGGGCUUCAGUGUGGAACGCAAGACCCGUCAGCCAGGUGUUAUCGACUGAGCAAUACAGAACCUGCCCCGCUAGACGCCAUCGAUAAGGGAACUCCGAUCUGAAACACGCUUGUGAAUCAACUCAUAUACAAAACAUACGUACGCAUGCAAGUAAUUGGCAUGUGUAAUUUCUGCUCAUUGUUAUCAGUAAGGGAACUACUUCUUUUUUUUUUUUCCUUCUUUUUUAUUAUUUUGUAUUCCACAGUUCCCUGCCUUCCAUGUAUGUUCUUGAUGGUUUCAUUCUGCAGUAAACAUGGGAGUGUGAGUGCGUGACGUGUCCUAGAAGUGAUUAGUGUGUAUCGGAGGUGUUUAUUUUCUAAGGAGCCCCUCUACGUCUGCUUGGCUGUUCGCGUCCCGAUCCGCUUCGUCUGGAAUUCUGCACCUGUAAACUGUUCGUUUAGCGUGAGUAAAUGAGCGUUGAUUGCUGGCAUGUCUUUUUUUUUUUUCUCUCGUUUCUCCUGAUGCCCCCAGCGUCAUCAUUUUGUUAUCAAAGUUUCCUCUGCUGUAUGCUUUUCCUCCAAAACGCGUAAAGCGACGUUCCCUCCAUAAGGAGGAUCGUCAUAUUUCUCACAUGUGCGAGCUUUUUGGGGAAUUAUUUUCUCUGCUCGGUUUUUUGAGCAGUUUUAAAAACGCUUUACUGAAACGCUGAUGAGAAAGCAUGGCGUGCGUGAGACGUUUGUGGACGUAGUUUUCUCUGACAGGAUUUACCUUUACCAGUAUAGAGCCUUGAGGUACCUUUUUGGUAUUCACAUGCUCCACCCUUUUUUUUUUUUUUUCACCCCCAGGUGCAGAAUUCCUUGUGGCAUCUUAUCUCUGAAAAAUUGUUUUUCUUUUGCGUUUAUUUUUUUCCUUGCACACACGUUUGCUUUUUUUUUCUAUGAAAACUUGAUCUGCUAAUAUUAAAUAAGUAAGAAUAAGGUGCCUAAAAAAACUACAAACAAAAUUAAAUAAAAGCAAAAAAAAAAGAAAAAAAUAAACAAAAAAAUGAUAUAUACUGUUUUCAGCCAACCAUAAAAUUAUUGAAAACAAUCUUAGGGUGGCUUUUUGUUUUUUUUUCCCUCCUUGUAGAAAUAAUACAGAUAUGCAUCUCGAACCUGUGGGUUGAACUAUACUAUAUGUAAUGUUUGCUCUUUUUUUAAUUUUAAUUUUUUCUUUCUGGGUGGAACAUCAUACUUCAUGUAAUAAAAUAAAUAAAAGAAAAUAAGGAAAAGGACGAAAACUUUCUGAGACUUUUAGUUUAUAAAUCAGCGUUGUGAAUCAGGAUGUCAGUCUUUUUUUUUUCUUCCCCUCUGGAGAUGAGAUGGGCGAGCUGUCGUGCCUCAGAAACUAAGUUACAGUAACUACCGUAAUUUCUUUGAUCAAACGAGCUUCAGUUGAACCGCGUACGGAGGUUCUCAUGUACUUUUGUUAAUGGUCUUGAAUGAAACAAUUGAAUUAAAGUUUUAUGAAAAUCAA